AAUCAAGUCCGGCAACCGGCAGGGACGGGAGCUGUGGCCACCCGUCAGGUGCAAACCUCCCAAUGUACUCCGAUCGCACCCCCUCCAGCCACCAGCCAUCUCCAUCUGCCCCCGAUCGACGAUGGAAUGUCGCUGAUGACUUCAUACCCACCGCCAACGCGCGAAUCGAGUUCGCUGGCUGCCCAUCGAGGCGGCCGCUUAUUCGCCACGACAAUGCUCUGCAUGUACUGCGCUACCUACACGACAGACGAACACGCGAAGGGGCAGGCAAGGGAGGGCAGACGCAGACGCAGGCACGGCUCUGAGCGUUGCACGAUGCUCUCGCUCGGGGCAACCUCCGCGGGUGGCCCCAGCUUGCGCCAAUCUGCCAGCCAGCGAAGCCUUGUCCUUCCAAAGGGACCCUCCAUCUCCAUCCCUUCGCGUGUGUCCGCCAGCCCUCCCGUCGCGUCGGCCAUGCACAUGACGCACCGACACCCGUCAUCGGUCCCCGUCCCCGGAUUGGAACCUCCGGCGCCCUGAGCAUCUACAGAGUACAUACAGCACUGGCCAUCCCCGGCCGAGUCCCUGCUGGCUGAGGUGCAGACGCCCUGUUGAUCUACGUGACAAUGUCCCCUGAGCCUCUGGUAUCCUCCCCACUGCACAGUCUUCAACGUGUCUCCAGCUAGUCGCUCGAAAACGAAGUCGAGAGCCGCAUGUCGGCGAGGAGCUCUGUUCCGAUCUUGCGUCGAGGCGUCUUGAGAGCCCACCAGCCGCCACUGUCGACAACGACGACGACAACGCGUCUGCCCAAUUCCCCGCGAUCGUUCUCAGCCGUCGCCUUCGCCAUGCCGCCGAAGCGAAAGAGGACCGAGGGCCAUCAGCCGGCCGAUGCCCCCCCGCGCCGCAGCAGCAGGCGAGUCAAGGAGUCGCCUAGUGCUAUGGAUGCGUCGACGGCCAUCACCAAGAUGGGACUUCUUGACGAUAGUUCUCCCAAGGCGAAGCACGCAGUGCAACGGGCCAUGCUCGAGCUCAGUGAGAUGGAACACAAACUGCAGGAUGAUACCCGACGGCAGCGUCUCGCCAUUCAGAGCUCCAGCUUCAGCGUCGACGCCGAAGACGCGACCCGGGUCGCGUUCCAGACCACUUCUUCUUCGGCGGCGGAGGAGAUGGUCCCCGAAACUGCUUUGGGCAAGGCAAAUGGCAUGAACUCGGAUGACGAGCUUGGCGACUCGGAGUACGUGGUUGGCACCAAGGACGAGGAGGGCAAUGUUGCUCCAGAACGCGGCGCGCGGAGGCCGCCUCCCGUCAACAGUGAGAAACUGCCUCUGCCAUGGUCGGGUCGCCUGGGUUACGUGAGAAACCUCCGCAGAUCCGUGGUGGUCUCUGCCAAAGGUACAAGAUGCCCUCAUUACUAACAUACAAGCAGGCGUGCCUAAACACCUAUUUGAGAUCCGCGAACCCACCGGUGUUUUGCUCUAGGACCUGCAGGAUCAGCUCCAUCCUGGAGCACCGACACCCCCUCCAGGACCCCUCCCAACCUGAGCACCCGACCAAGAACCGCCCCGACACGAGCAAGCCCGCAGACGACAACCGCGGCCUCAAGUACGUCCAGGACCUUGGCCUCGCCAAUGCCAGGGACAUUGUCAAGAUGCUGCGUUGGAACGACAAGUACGGCAUUAAGUUCCUGCGGCUGAGCAGCGAGAUGUUUCCUUUUGCCAGCCACGAUCAGUACGGCUACAAGUUGGCGCCCUUUGCCUCUGCGGUGCUGGCCGAGGCCGGCAGGGUGGCUGGCGAGCUGGGCCACCGCUUGACGACGCACCCAGGCCAAUUCACGCAGCUUGGAAGCCCGAGAAAGGAGGUUGUCCGGGCCGCCAUCCGUGACCUAGACUACCACGAUGAGAUGUUGACGCUGCUGAAGCUACCAGACCAGCUGAACCGUGACGCCGUCAUGAUCCUGCACAUGGGUGGCAUGUUCGGCGACAAGGAAGCGACGCUCAAUCGCUUCAGGGAAAACUACGCCCUGCUGUCCGACAGCGUCAAGAGGCGUCUGGUGCUUGAAAACGACGAUGUGUCCUGGAGCGUGCAUGACCUGCUCCCUAUAUGUGAGGAGCUCAACAUCCCGCUUGUCUUGGACUAUCAUCACCACAACAUCGUCUUCGACCCGUGCAUGCGAGAAGGCACGCUCGACAUCAUGCAGCUGUACGACCGCAUCCGCGCGACGUGGACAAGGAAGCGCAUCACCCAGAAGAUGCAUUACAGCGAAGCAACGGCGGCGGCGGUAACGCCCCGCGAUCGGAGAAAGCACUCUGCGCGAGUUAAGACGUUGCCUCCCUGCCUGCCGGACAUGGACCUGAUGAUUGAGGCCAAGGACAAGGAGCAGGCCGUUUUCGAGCUGAUGUGGACGUUCCGGCUGCCCGGAUGGGACCUCUUUAACGUCGUGGUGCCGCACGAGCGGGAUGACGAGCCGCGUAAGGCGGUGGUGCGAAAGGCAAAGGCGAAGAAGAAGGGCGCCAAGAGCAGCGAGGGCGAAGACGAGGUGCUGGUGCCAGAGAGGAAGGUCAGUCCAGAGAGGGUGUCGAUGGGCGGAUCGGAGAAUAGAGUGUAUUGGCCCGAGGGGAUGGAGGAGUGGCUGCGGCCGAAGAAGAGAGAGAUAAAGAAGAAGGCCAAUGGGAAAGACGAAUAAUGAAAAGCUGGGUAUGCGAUCGAGGAGGCGACUUGUGUAAGAUAAUAAAGCGAUGGACGUUACUUCAUAUGUACACGUAGUGUUUGUGAAUAUUGCCUUAGGCAGUGCGAGUGGAUGCA